UUUAGAAAAUGUAAGAUUAUAACCUUCUUGGAUAGGAGCGUCUGCUGAAACUGACAGGUCUCAAGCGGGCAAGUCAAUACUGCUUUGAUAGAUACUUUACAGGUUUCCUUCAAUAAGUUAAAAAAUGGAGGUUAUAACUGAGCAAUGGAAUCAGUUUAAAGACAGAUACGAAUGGGCCUUGUCAAUAGCAGAUGGAAGAGUCAAAGAUUGGCCGCUUAUGCAUUCUCCAAUUCCUACCUUGGCUCUUGCUGCAGCUUACUUGACUAUGGUUGUUUUUGGACCAAAGAUCAUGGCUCCCUACAAGCCAUUUACUCUUAGGGUUCCACUUAUCAUCUAUAAUUUGUCUGUAAUGUUGCUCAAUCUUUAUAUUGGUGUAGAGUUAGCAAUAGUGUCUGUAAAGCUUCGCUACAGCUGGUUCUGCCAACCUGUUGAUUAUUCUUCCAAUCCUCUUGAAAUGAGGAUAGCAGCUGGAUUAUGGUGGUACUAUAUCUCAAAACUGGUAGAGUUUGCAGAUACUGCAUUUUUUAUUCUGCGGAAGAAGAACAACCAAUUAACAUUCCUCCAUGUAUAUCACCAUUCAACAAUGUUUUGUCUUUGGUGGAUUGGAAUUAAGUGGGUUGCAGGAGGUUCAUCAUUCCUGGCUGCUAUGAUGAACAGUUUUGUUCAUGUUAUUAUGUAUUUGUACUAUGGAUUAUCAGCUUUUGGACCAUCUGUACAGAAGUAUUUGUGGUGGAAAAAGCAUAUCACUUGCAUCCAGUUGAUUCAGUUCAGCAGUGCAGGUGUGUUGGGUAUUCGGGCAAUAAUUGUUGGAUGUGACUUCCCCUUGUGGAUGCAGUAUGCUCUUGUUGUCUACAUGUCUUCUUUUAUUGUUCUUUUUGGACAGUUUUAUGUGCAAGCAUACAGGAAAAAACAAAGGAGAAUAAAGGAAACUAGAAAUGGUGCUGUCAGUCAUCAAAAUGGUACAAGUGGAAUGGUUGCCAAUGGUGUUGUCACAUCUAAGGUAACUAAUAAAUCGCCAUCUUCCCAUGCAUCUAAGAGCAAUAAGGAUUCCAAGAAAGAAGAUCAUGCUAAUGGGGAAGCAAGGACACACGGGAAUGUACGCACACGAGCACAGGCUCGCCGAUCUCGGCAAGAUUCUUAAUCUUGUAAGAAAAUUAAGCAUGGAUUUUGAUCUUCAUCAGAAACUAACAUAGUAUUUUUAGUAUUUUGAAUUAGACUGUUGAUAACUGCAAAAUCAGUCUGGUCUUGUUAACCUUUUUAGUUUUGUGAGAGGAUCUGUGUGUUGUGUAUCAUUUUUCUUCAGCAGUUUUGUUUGAUAUUAAGAACUUUUUUCAGAGCCAGAAAAUUCUAGUUGCAAAAACCCAUUCUAGUCUGGUUAUGUUAAUUAUUCUACAUGAAGUAAGUACAAUAUGACUUUCCUUUUACCUUUAGUAUAUGUAUAAAUUUUACAUCAAUGCCCAUGUUAUGGCAUAAUAUUUUAUCCUGUUAUCAUUUUAUUCAUGACAUUGUGUUCUGCUCAUAAUUUUACUUUUUAAGUGCUACAAAGAAACCAUGAAAAUUUUAAAGAAAUCCUUUGUAGUGUUCAAUUUUUAGUACAAUAGUAAUAAGUUCUUUAUUUAUAGUAUUUUGAAUUUAUGGUUUUGGUGUGUGGAAAUUACUCAAGUCUGUGGCUACAGAAUUCUUGGGGCAUUAUAAUGCAUUGUGUUACUUAAUACAUACAUAGUUAACUACAGAGACCACUACCAAGUGACAUGAUCCUGUAAGAAAAUUAGCAUCAUUUUUUUGAACUAGCUCAAUGGAGGCAGCAGUUUUAUUGUCCUUUAAUGUUAACUCAAACUUAAAUAAAUUGUCCUUGCUUUAAUGGACUGCUUAAACUGAUAAAAAAAUUAUUUGGAAUAAGUAGGGUCUUGUUGUUUUCUAUGAUCUAUAAUAUUUUGAACAUGUUCUCAAAUUAGCUACUCAAAUUUUGUCAUUCAUUAGAGGAGGAAUACAAUCAAGUAGAAUAAUAGGGGAAAUCCUGAAAGUAAUAGAGAAUUAUAACCUAGACAUGUUGUUGUGUUAGUCACAUCAAACAAAAGUUUAAUUUAGGUUAAUGUAAACAUUAGUCAAGAGGAGGACUGAUUGCAUUGUUUUUUCUUUACUAUUAUGAAAGAUUUGAUAUACAUAUUCGUUAAGGAACCCUUUGAUCCAGCCUAUAAAAGUCAAGAAUUUCAACUCACUGCUCGGUUGUACUAUGUAUUUAUAAUAAUAAUUUCUUCUAUUUAUUGGUAAAAAGUAAUAAUGCAGGAUUUUUUUUAUUCAAACUUAUAUUUAAUUAAUGGGAAUCUCUCUUUCUUUUCUGAACAGGACAUUACAUGGCAUAAACAAUUUUCCCUUUUAUAAACAAGGCUUAUAUUGUGGUGUCAGAAUCUUUUCCACAUUCUUUAGUUUCUCAAGACAUAUCUGGAGUAAGUUUUUUCAUGUAUUUUUAUUUUAUUUUCUGCAAGGGAUUCAUUGUCUUUUUAAUUUAACAUUCCUUGUUCAUAAACAAGAAUUACUAUGUUUCUUUUUAAUGGUUAGUGAGACUGGUUACAUUGUAGGUAAAUCAUUUAUUUUUUCUAAACAUGACCUUUCUUAAAAUAGCUAAUUUUAGUAUUAGGUGGAUUUAUUUAUAUUGGAUGUAUAGAGCAGUAUGUACUUUGUAUAUUGCUGUUGAUCUGUAGUACAUUUGUAAAAUGAU